GAACAACUACCUAUUAGCACCUUUAAAAGAGCUGCCUCCCUCCCCGCACGACUAUUAAGCCCAGAGCCUCAAAUUACGUAACUGUAUUUGUGUGAGUUUGGGGGUGUUAACAAGCUAUCUAGGGCUACGGCCGGUCCUAUUCCUACUUGCGGGGCACGUGAGGGGAAAUCCCACUGAACUCUUAAGAUUUAUUUCUGAGUAAACAUGCAGAGGACCUCGCCUCGGGGAACUAGUUGAUGAGGGGAGAAGAGGGAGGAUGAGGAUCUGGCAGCUAGCAACCGCAAGGACUCUCCUGCUGGGUUUGGACUUGCGGGGUUUCUCCGCCAGCAAUCGCCACACGUGCCUUUUGCCACUUCCGUUCUCCGACUGCUUCCACAGCAAGGCACAGAGGCGGGUUUCCUGGCCAACCUUUUCUCCACAGAAGCCUCCUCCGGGGUCUCGUUUGCUUCUGAGAAGGCCGCCAGCCUGAAAUGGGGGGAGAUGCCGCUGAGCCAUUCCUGGGAAGCGUUUGUAACGGCAGCUGCAAGAAACAGCCGCAGCGAGCAGGGAACCGGGCCCAUCCGUUUGCCGAGUCGCAACGUGUUGCGCUAGGUGACUCUGCAGCUUCGGUUCCAGUGCGUGCAGCCGCUGCUGCGUCUUCCCGCUAACCUCCUCUCCCAGAGUGAAGUCCCCGCCCGCUGCUUCCGGCUUCGCCGACUCCAAAUGUUGAAGCAGAGACCUUAAAGUACCUCUGGACGAUUUCAUGCCGCUGGGAGGCUGCUUUCGCUGCUGCAGGACCAGCAAAUCCCCGCCUUGAGUUGUUGCGCGCGUUGCCGCGCGGCUCCUGCUGCAGAUGGCUCAUUCUCGGCAAGUGCCAGAAUAAUUAUCCUAAAUAAGUCGCCCUUCCUUUAUUGGAGGCAAAUGUAUUAUACUGGGGGACGCAGAUUCCCUUUUGGACCAAGAGGGAGGACUGUGUGAAGGCCGGGAUCUUUCUAUUCAACCGCAUCGGUAUUUAUUUUUUUACAUUUAUGUUUUGCGGAGUCAUCCUUUUGCUCCUCUCAGCUUUGGAUCAGGAGCAGAGACUAAAACACACAAAAACCUUCACCAAGGCUGGGACCAUCCUCGGCUCUGGAUCUUCUUCGGCCAGGCGACGGCGACGCUUUCCCUGCCGGAGGAGCCUGCUGACAGUGCCAGCCGCACCGCCGUCGCUUAUGCAACACAUCAUCGAAAACCAUCCGGACAUGGCAACGGCACUGCUGGCUGGGGAGAAACUCAAGGAGCUGAUCCUGCCGGGGCAACAGGACGACAAGCCGGGCUCGUUGGCGGCGCUGCUGCUGCAGCUCAAGCUAGAACUGCCCUUCGAUCGCGUGGUCACCAUCGGCACCGUCCUCAUCCCGAUCCUGCUCGUCACGCUGGUCUUCACCAAGAACUUUGCCGAGGAGCCAAUAUACUGUUAUACACCACACAACUUCACCCGUGACCAAGCCUUGUAUGCCAGAGGAUACUGUUGGACAGAACUAAGAGAUGCCUUGCCAGGAGUAAAUGCCAGCCAUUGGCCCUCCUUGUUUGAGCAUAAGUUCCUUCCAUAUGCCCUGCUGGCUUUUGCUGGUAUUAUGUACAUUCCAGCACUUGGCUGGGAAUUCCUGGCCUCUACCAGGCUGACUUCUGAACUUAACUUUUUGCUCCAGGAGAUAGAUAACUGCUACCACCGAGCAGCCGAAGGCCGCGCACCAAAAAUUGAAAAGCAAAUCCAGUCCAAAGGCCCUGGGAUUACAGAGCGUGAGAAGAGAGAAAUAAUUGAGAAUGCUGAAAAGGAAAAGAGCCCAGAGCAAAAUUUAUUUGAAAAAUACCUGGAACGAAGAGGACGCAGCAAUUUCUUAGCCAAACUUUAUCUUGCACGACAUUUGUUCAUCAUAUUUUUAAGUAUCAUCCCAAUAACAUACUUGUCUACCUAUUAUGCUACGCAGAAACAAAACGAGUUUACAUGUGCUCUUGGAGAGCCUCCUGACAAAACUAGCAGCUCUAAGUUGCUCAUCCGAGUGAACUGCAAACUGCCAUCAGUUCAGCUCCAGCGCAUAAUUGCUGGGGUAGACAUUGUUCUCCUCUGCUUCAUGAACUUGAUUAUCCUCAUUAAUUUAAUUCAUCUUUUUAUAUUCCGCAAAUCCAACUUCAUUUUUGACAAGCUGAACAAGGUUGGCAUAAAGACUAAAAAGCAGUGGCAGAAGUCCCAGUUCUGUGAUAUCAAUAUCUUAGCUAUGUUCUGCAAUGAAAAUCGGGACCACAUCAAGUCACUGAACCGCUUGGAUUUUAUUACCAAUGAGAGCGAUCUGAUGUAUGACAAUGUGGUGCGCCAGCUGCUUGCGGCACUAGCUCAGUCUAAUCAUGAUGUUACACCAACCGUACGUGAUUCUGCGAUACAAACCAUAGACCCCAGCAUUGAUCCUGCGGAUAACGACCCGAAUGAACCACUGAUCAUUAAGCGACCUCGGAAGAAAAUCAAAUGGAUCCCAACUUCCAAUCCUCUUCCUCAGCAGUUCAAAGAGCAGCUAGCUAUUAUGAAAGUUGAGAAUAACAAGCCAGAGAAGCCAAAGCCAGUGCGUCGGAAAGCAGCAACAGACAGUCUAGUUGCCCCUUUGCUAGAGUCCAACUCUAAAAACUCUCAACCAUCUUCAUCCCUCAAAACUGACUCUACCACCCUGUCCAGCACAGGUAAUGAGAAGAAACAUACACGUCACUUUUCCUUAGAUGUUCACCCAUAUAUACUUAGCAGUAAGAAAUCCAAGCCAGAGAUUCAACCCAUUACCUCUAUGGCAACCUCCAAAAGCCAAGGGAGUGGAUUUUUAAGCCAAGAAGAGAAAGUCGUAGUUCACAUCGCCUCUUCUCUCAAAGACUCUUCCAUUCCUGGAAAAGAUACCCUUUACUCUCACGACACAUGCAGGACUGUGCCUGCCACUGGGACUUUUCUCACUUGUAAUCACAACCAUAUAGCAACUUCUGGUGCUGCAACAAAAGUCACUCUGCCCCAGGUCAGUAAGACAGAGCCGGUGCCUGCCCUAAACUGUAACCCUGCACAUCCUCUUCUACAUAUCACUACACUGUAUGAAAACCAUGAAGAAGAGGCAUCGAGCCUUAUAAAUGAUUCUUUAGACAAUAGAAUUCACUCACCCACAGAGGCAGGAGACAUAAUCUCCAUACCUUCCACAAAGCAAAUCAUGUUGGCGACGUUUGAUGAACCACUGGCAAUGGUGAACUCUGUAGAAUAUUGACGAGCCAGAGCUGGUGCCGAUCAAAGUUUGAUGGCCCACCUCCUAAUACCACUGUAACACGAACCACACUGCCCUACAAAUGCCAUCCACUGCAUGAACAUGGAGUACUGUCCAACUCUGUUGUUCAGGGUUGCAUUGUCACUGCUAUCAAUAGCUUGCAAAAUAUAAUAACAAUAAUCAUAAUAAUGACAACCAAAUGAUAUAUACUAUACCUGGAACACCAAGAAACAAAAGCACAAAGACCUUAGCUGUAGCUUCAUGAAUUCUGUGUGGAUUACUACAACUAUUCAAAUAUUUAAAGUGCUUGAGCGCAUGUCACACAAUGUUUCUUAGACAAAGCACUUACAGCCUUGGUACUCCAGCUCACUCUCUAAAGUAGGAGUGGGAAAGCUGUGGCCCUUCAGAUGUUGUUGGACUACAACUCCCAUCAUCCCUGACUAUUGGCCCUGUGGGCCGGGGCUGAUGGAGUGUUAACAGCAUCUGGAGGGCCAUUGGUUCCCCUCCCCUGCUGUAAAGUAAUGAAGCACAUAACAUGUAUGAUAUUUAUUCUUCCAUUUUAAAAGGCAGGAGUAAAAUUGUGUUUUGUCUUUAACAUAAAGCAAACAAAAGUUUCUUUUUUAAAAAAAAAAUUAUGUUGUAUGCAAGCUGUGUUUUGGUCCACAUUUAUUGGGCUUGCCAGUGGCCAAGGCUGGCCCCAAACAUUUUGCUGUCUGAAGGAGAAGGGUGCUCCUCCCUCCUCUGCCCCCCUCCAUUUCACAUACAGAGGCAACAUAGCUGAAUUUUACUGCAACACUGGCAGUGGGACAGCAUUCUCCACCAUCAUAUCUGAGGGCAACAGGCUAGUUUAGGGGGCACAGGGCAGGCCAGAUGGCACACACAGCUCUGUCCUGCAGCACCUGAGGCAGCCAUCUCACUCUGCCUAAUGGUUGGGUUGGCCCUGCCAGCAACUUAAGGGCCAAUUGGACUCACACCAGCAUCAGAGUAAAGAGAAUUGAAACCCGUCAGCCUGCUGCACUGCCGAAUGAGGACAUGAAGAGCUACGCCCUGCCCUUUGCUACAUUUAUAUGUGCUGUGACUGAAAGAUGAUGAAAGCAAAGAGUUUAUUUUUUUAAUAUCUAUUUGACUGUGAAUGAGAGUGUUAAAUCAGACAUUAUCUUUUAGCAAAGCAGCGGGAAAGUUGUCCUACAGCUGCAUAUUUUUGUUAAUAAGAUGACGUCUGCAAACCAGGUUAGAAACUUUCUAAGAUGCUUCACUGAGGUGAAGGAUAAUCCAAUGCUGCUAAAAAUAUCCAAUAAGAGCUGAUUGCUCUAAUUGUGUUGAAUUUCAGUGGACUAUUACUUGAGUCUUUUUCUCUCUUUUUUAGGACUUGUCUACACUACAGCUUACCACAGAUCAAAACAAAUACAGUGUUUGACUCAUCCACCUUAUAAUGUUUUUGUAUCUGAAUGUUUGCUCGUUGAACUACUGCUGACCAAGAGCCAAUUCAAAUGUGCAGAAACGCCAUAUGGUGCAGACCUUGUGUGACUAUGUCACUCAGAAUUGUAGGUGCAGGAUCACAAGUUAGAAUGAUGCCCCAUGUAGGGGGUGCAUUGGCGAUCACUUGUGGCCGAGUAAGAUUGCUUUCCAGGUAAGGUCUUUAACAGUGGGUCCGUAAGUGACUGUGGAGGUCAAUUCUGGAUCCACACAGCCUCCCACAGUGAGGAUGGGGUGCAGGUCAGAUGUUAGUAUUCAUAUCAGAAAGGAAGGAUUGCACCACAUGGUAUUUCUUUACAUUUGAAGCAGUCUUUAGAAAGGCCAACAGAGAUUCCAAGGCAGGACUGUUGUCAUUUCACACAACUAAAGUGAAUAUUUUAUUUAUUUAUUGUACUUAUAUACCGCCCCAUAGCCGAAGCUCUCUGGGCGGUUUACAGUAACUAAAAAUAUAUACAAAUUUAAAAACACAUAUUUUAAAAACAAUUUAAAACACAAUUUAAAAAUUUAAAACACAUGCUAAAAUAUAUAUGGCACAUAUCCCCAUGUUCUGAAUUAAGCUUGUCACCCCCAUUCACUAGUUGCAGUGGGCCAAGAGCCACUGAUAUGUACUGAUUUAACACACACAAAAAGACCUGCUCCAUUCAGGUGAAUUCUCUGCAUUCACAAUCCCCCUUGAGAAAAAGGAAGGAAAUAGGCUAAAAUCAGCAAAUGUUGCUUGCGAAUACUUACAGUGAUGCUCAUAUAUAGGAUGUGCUAUCCUACCCACUGAUAGUUGCUUAGCAUCCUUCAAAAGCAGCCUUUAGGUCUUUUCUUCCCUGUCUUUUCCAAUGAAUCAUUCUAGCAUGAUCUGCUUUCCCCUUCGAGUUCUGAGGGAAAAUCAGAUUCUACUGAUGCAUAUGUGAUAUUUUGGAGUAGAAGAUAGCGAAAAAAGGUUAGAAUCUCUGCCGGGGGCUUCUGGAAUUUGGGACUCUGCAAUAGUAGCAACAGAUUCCAGUGCUCAGUCAGCCCUGAAAUAAAUGGACACUAGAAGAGAUCUGAAACAACAUGUAUUGAUUUUGGCCUUUUCCUGGAAGCCAAUACAAACAGAUGGGAUUCUGUACAGGGUUAAGUGUGAACCCAGCCAAAGGCAAGUAGGAGUAAAAUGACAAAUCACCUCUAACCAUUGACAACAACUAUGAUGGGGUUCUAUCCCAAUUAGAGAUUGGGGGAAUUUGAUUCAGUUUGCAUUUAAAGCCAAAUUUAGCAAAUUUGCACUUCCCAAAACAACAUGAGAACUGAAACACAGCCAUCCUUGAAAUUUGCACUUACCUGAAUUUUGCAAUGCAGGUCUCCAAUUAAGCAAUAUUUGCAAAAAUAAAAUGCAUAUAUUAGGGGAAAGUGUGCAUAAAAAUGAACACAGUGAAAAUAACAUACAAAAUGCAUUAUAUUGGAAGAAAUUACUUGCGAAAUUACAUUAGUCAAAACAGCAUAUAAAAAUAGCAGAAAUAGUAAGAAAAAUUCUCACUAAAAGAAUUUUCAUGAGGAUUUUUGUAAAAGAAAAAUCGCGCAUUGCUGUAGAAAUGUGGAGAACUGAAUUUAAGAAAAAUUGGAAACACGAAAAAUAGAACUGCAGUUGACAGAUCCUUCCAUCCGUAAUCCCAAUGCACUAGGUCAGGGAUUGAGAACCUUUCACCUUCAGAUACUGUUGGUCUCCAAUUCCCAUCAGCCCUAACCAGCACAGCCAGUGGUCAGGAAGGAUGCAAGCAACAUCUGGAGGACCAUAGGUUCCCCAGCCCUGAAGUAGGUGAAAUCCAUUGCUGCUGUUCCAUUCAUGGAAUGGCUUUUGUUCCAAUGGAUACCCCUGCCAACUUAAGGGGGAGGUGUGAUUUUCUGUAACUCCCCCUGAAUCCCCCUGUACCAUGCUGUUUUGGAGGGUCCUGCAAUCCUCAGGACCAGAUUUGGGGGGGCACAGGGGAAGGAGACACUGCCCCCCCAAAAAAACCCUCCUGUCUGGACAAACAGAAAAGCACAACUGGAUUCUACACACAACUUAUAUUGUAUUAAAUAUUAAAAACUGUUCACAGGGACAUUAGGUGUUUUUAAAAGUGAUGUGCUAUUUGAAUCAUGCCAACACAGUUCUUGGUGGCACUUCUGGACACUUUUAUUCAGGUUAGAUGCUGCAGGUCAGCUUCUGGCUAUGGCAGUUUCUGUUCAACAUUCACCUGUGGUAAACCAGUAGUAUAGAAAAGCCUGAUGUAGCAAAGUACUUGAGUAGCUUUAAACACAAGUGCAGCUUCAUUGAAAUCAAUGGGACAUAUAUUUAAAUCAAUGGGAUACACAUGCUGCCCUAGGCUCCUAGUAGGAGAGAGGGCAGGAUAUAAAUCUAAUAAAUAAAUAAUGUAAAGAUAAAACAAUACACUUGUAAGCACCUUGCUAUUCCAGGCCAUCCAUUACCAGGGUAACACUUGUGCAGUAAUAAACAGACUGUCAUUUUCACGCCACGUUUACUUUGCUUGGGCCAAAGUGCAUCCUCAUGGCCUGAUUCUUCCUCUAACAUUGAUGUGCAAGUUUCUUUCAAAAGGCACAUAGAAAAAAUAGCACGCAAUAAUAACCAUUCGACAAAUUUCUAGGUGAAGGACUUAUUAAAGCAACAUGGAAGCGGAAAAAAGCAAUGAUUUCAACAUUUCUGUAUAGUGGUAAAGAAUACUGGGCAUACUAUGGGUCUACACUGAGUUUUUCAUUUAUUUUACCUCAGAUAUAAAUAUACCAGUAUUUAUUGAA